AUGGACCCGGAACAUCGUGACGUCCCGUCGCCGCUCGUGACGCCACCUUUGCUCUGCGAUCCUCAUGAUGGGUGCGACAGCGGCGCGGAUCGCCACAGCUACGCUAUGCCGAGCACCUCGCACCUCACAGAUGCCCGAUCUUCUCUUCAGCGAAUCAACAGUACACCACAGAUAAAGCACUGCGGGCGUGCGUCGUUGCGUCAUGCAGCGCAUGACCGAUCAGCGCACGAAUGGCCCAUGGUGGCCGCGACGCUACGGUCGGACCCGACACGCGCUCGCCGACUCCAUGGCCGCGCCACACUGGCGCAGGCCCGCGAACCCAAAAAGCGCCCCUCACUCUGGCUGCGCGAGCUCGAUGACGGAGCGGCAUACUCGUCGGAUGGCGUGCCCAGCCUGCCAUCGUCGCCGGUAUGGGCGCAUGCUGAGCAGCUAGCUCCGCAGCCGACGCCGCAGCAUGGUGUGGCGGAGAUGAGACUCUUUCCCUCCCAUACGGGACCGCCCUCUGUCCCACCAAGAGCUCACUCGCUGUCGAUGGAAUAUGCCGACAGACUGCGUCAUCCGUGCAAGCAGUCCAUGUCGUCCUUCACCAUGUCGGCGAUCUCAUCCCGCCGCUCGUCUCACAGCCAUGAUGUGGCCGAUAUGAACGUGCCGGACAUCGAGCCGUGCCACCAGAGCUAUCUCCUGCGCGAUGCGAGCGUCUCGGAAUCUGGCCGCAUAUUACCUGCCGACGUUCUGCACGUCGGCGACCGGAUUGGCCCAGGUAUGCACCAUGACGGCGAGUUCGUUCAUGUGGCGCAAUCGAGCGAAGGCUUUUCUGAGCAGGAUCUGCACCCUUUUCUGAAGUGCCUCGAGGUGGUCAAGCUCUUGGGCCGUGGCAGCUAUGCCGUCGUGUAUCUCGCUCGCGAGGUGGGCGUAGACGGCGGCGAGUACGCCCUUAAAUGCCUAUCCAAGCGCGACCUGUCGCCCGAUCAGCUGGCUGAUCAGCGUCUCGAAGCGACGAUCCACCAGUUGCUUCCCCCGCACAAGAAUAUCGUGACGCUGCACAACACGUACGAGACGCGCGACUGGCUCUUCCUGGUGCUGGAGUACUGCCCUGGCAAAGACAUGUUCUACUGGCUCGAGGAGGCGAGCGAGUCGAUCGGCAUCACGUCAGCCACACACAUCGGCGGCGACUCGGUCGAUACAGCAUCAGCUCGCUGUGAGAAUGGACAUGCUGCGGCCUUCGAGAUGGCGUCCAAGCUGCGGCUAUCUCACUUACUGCUGGCUACGCCGCGCCUUCAGCUGAUCAGCCACAUUUUCGGGCAGAUGUGCGACGCUGUCCAAUUCUGCCACGACCACGGCGUGAGUCAUCGCGACAUCAAACCAGAAAACCUCAUUGUCCAGGAUCAAUGGCAGACGGACGGGCACGACUCGGUCGUGGUCAAGCUGACCGACUUUGGCCUAGCUACGACGUCGGAAUUCUCGAAUGAGUUCAACUGCGGCUCGAAUCCCUACAUGGCGUUUGAAUGCCGGCACGACCUGGCAUCGACGUACGAUCCGAAGCAGGCGGAUACGUGGUCGCUGGGCAUCGUGCUCCUAAAUCUGCUAUUUCUCCGCAGUCCCUUCUCUCAGCCGUCUGCCCAGCACUGUGCUUCGUUCUUAGCAUUUUCGCUGAGGCCCGUGGCCUUUCUCAUGCAAGCGUUCCAAGGCCUCACCGUGGAAGUCACGCGCUUUUUAUGUGAGCAUGUAUUUUGCAACGUGACACACGGCGAGCGCCGGCGCAUCACGCCGCGCGAAUUCGGGCAGUGGGCCCAGCACCUGCCCCAGAUGCUGGGCUGCCAUGUCCCCCUGGCCGGUGCCUCGGUGACGCGCCCACCGGCCCAGCCCCUACGGUCAGCGACGUUCGUGUGCUCGUCCGACCCAGCUCCUGUCAAACCUGCACCACUCGUAUCCAAUCGGAGUCAUCCCAUCCUGCCGCCGGGACAUGGCUCCGAACACCCGUCCCCUCCCCCGCGAUGA